UUCUCUGCCGCAUUUAUCUCGGAACAAAACGAAAAUUAUGAGAGUUGCAAAAAUAUGUCGUUGCGGCCGAAUCUCGCGCGGCUCAUCGCGAACAUCCGCCGUUGCGGCGACAAUGUCCUCGCGCGACGGCGAUCGCGUUAUCGUCGUCGAGAGAAUUGCUCUCACCCGCCGCCGGUAAAGCGUUCCAGCGAGUAUCUUAACGAGCGGACCAAUCACGAUCUCGCCUCGACCGUGCUUUCCCGCAAUCCUCGCGCGCAGAUCCGCGAGCCGCAAACGAUCGGAUCCAUCGGCGACGACGAGGAGGACGUACAGAAGGGUGGCUUUCUCGUGGAGGCACGAGAAACGAUUCUCGUAAUAACGAGGAUCGCAGUUGUAAUUACAGUCAUUAACAUCCUACUUAUCGUGUAUCUAAUAACACGCCUGACCCACACGAGUUUGUUUCCUCCUAUACUGCGAAAAGGUAUCGAAUUUCUCGGGCCGAUUUUCAUCAAGUUCGGUCAGUGGAUGUCCACACGGCGAGAUGUCUUCCCACGGGAUAUCUGCGACAUACUUUCGCAGUUGCAACGGAAUGCGACGCCGCACCCUUGGCUAUACACGGAGCGUCUACUCGAGGCGACCUACGGUCGUUCCUGGCGGAACUUAUUCGUGAGGUUCGACGAGGAUCCGAUUGGCUCGGGAUGCUGCGCACAGGUAUACAAAGCGUGGAUCGACCUGAGUGUGUUGCAGGAUCCUUGGAUGUCCCGUUUUGUGGAAAACAGAGCUAUCGAUGAAAGCGGUGAAUUCACGCCUGUCAAUCCUUAUGUCAGGAAAUUGCAAGCCGUAGCGGUAAAAGUGUUGCAUCCCGGAAUCAAAGGCCAACUCAAAAGGGACAUCGCGAUAAUGCGCAGCCUUUUCAAAUGCGUCACGUAUUUCGUUCCGAAAUUGCAUUGGCUCAGCCUCACGGAUUGCAUCGACGAAUUCGCGCGCAUAAUAGAAGAUCAAGUUGACAUGCGACUGGAGGCCUCAAAUCUCGCAAGAUUUUCGACAAAUUUUUCACGGAGGAACAACAUUGUAUUUCCGUAUCCUUAUUUAUAUCUGACCUGUCGCAGGAUACUUGUCGAGAGUUUUCAUGAGGGUUUACCGAUAUCCAAUUAUCUCGAGCACGACGACGUUGUCUUACAGCGGAAACUCGCCAAGAUAGGAAUCACAACGAUUCUUAAAAUGAUAUUUCAGGACAACUUUAUCCAUUGUGACUUGCAUCCAGGCAACAUUCUAGUCGAAAAAGCGAUCGUGCCGAAGGCGGGAUUAUUCAGCAUCUUUCGGCAGGUCAUUACCCCCGAUUACGUGGCGGACGACCCACGCCUGAUCAUCCUGGACUGCGGGCUAGUGGUAUCUCUGAAUGAUCGCUGCCGACAAAAUCUCCGAGACGUUUUUUACUCGGUGCUAAUGGGAAACGGUGAAAUGGCGGCGCAACAUAUUUUGGAGCACAGCUCACACGUGACACACGAUCCGGAUGGCUUCAAAUGCUCGAUGAGGAACAUUGUGAAGAUUCAUCUCUGUAAUCCGUUUAACGUGAACGUGAGUACCGUUGUGUCGGAAUUAUUCUCCGCGAUGGUCCGUCACGGCGUCAAGCAGGACGGAUCCUUCAGCAGCGUGAUUCUCAGUAUGCUCGUGAUCGAGGGACUCGGCCGAUCCUUGGAUCCUGGCAUCAACAUUUUUACGGAGAUCUUGCCCUACGUCCUCAGCAGCGCCAUGUACAACAAAAGAUAAGAUAAAGAUAAAACUUGAACGACGAAAGUUAACUCUCGGAAUAUGACUUAAAAUUGAACGGGUACGAUAUGCUUCCGGAAUGAGAGGAACCUCGGACGAAUUCCAGCUUUAAUAACGCCGCGGUCAAGAGAGGAAGAAGAGAAAGGGAAGGGAAACGAGGAGAGGAUUCCCAUUUUUAAAACGAAUCACCGCGCCGUGUAAUCGCAUCCGACAGAAUUCCGGCGAGUGACCAGUUGUGCGUGAUCGCUUCCUGGUUGGUCGGCCAGGUCUCUUUGGUCGGCAUACACCUCGUGUACACCUGUGUGUUUGUUCCCCCCCCCCUCUGUGUCCGCAGACGCGAAUUUACCGCUCGGCGGAUGGGAACCGGACCACUAUUAAUCGAAAAGCUGAACCUUUUCCCUUCUUCCUUCUUUCGUUUUUUUUUUUUUCCUUUUACAAAAACCACGAGUGAUUUAAGAAGUUAUGAGUAAGGCACACACUCUGGGCGAAGUCCGCAUACUUGAAGAGCAACUUCUUAAGAAAUUGUUGACCCCGCGUAUCCAGAAAAAUAUCGACAUCAUAUCCCACGCUCGACUAUCAGUUUAUUUAUGAAGCAGAAAAAAAGUAAGCACCUCUUUAAAUGCGAGAAUUGAAGAUAGAUCAUAUUUCCCAUUUUUUUCUUACACCUCGCGCAUAUUCAUGUUCUCCAGUAUUCUCCAUUUUAUACGUACUCCAUUCUUUAUUCAUGUAUUCUUUACCGUUUCUUUAUCUUAAUUUUUAUUCGAAGGCCGAGGCCAAGAACUUCAUUAAAUCGGUAGUUGCGUGAUACAGUAGCAGUUGCUUGUUAUUUUUGAAAUUUCUUGGUUCUUCGUUUUGGUACAUUCUAUUU